ACACGUGCUACCAUGGUUACAGAAAACGCAGCAGCACCGGUUCAGCUUCUAAGUGAGGAGCAAGUUGAGGGACUGACAGGCAGGACGCUGAGUGAUCAAAAUGAGCUCUCCAGCUGUGUUUUUAUUACAAUGUUAGACUGCGCUAAUAAUUUGAAGCUUGGCCUAGAAGACGUGACAUUAUUCUGUCGCCCUAAUGUUUUGGGUUUUGUUUGGUUUCUGUUGUCGUUCGGAGAGUAGUAAGCGGCGUCAUUUAAUGUAAUUGUGCUGACCGUUGUUUGAAGUGUUUAACGUUAGCCAACUAACCGGUCCAAUUAAUCGACGCCAUGAUCCCCGAAUGCCCGCUUUCCGGGGACUCGAGAAGCAGAAGCCGCCUUCAUCACAACCACGCAGCUGGACCGAGCCGCAGUGUCAGCGGCUUGUUGUCCGAAAUCCAAACCGCCAUCCACAACGAACCUUUCGCCGACCACUACACUGUUAUUCCCGGCAGAGAGCUCGGAAGUGCGGCUGGAGGAGAAAUUUUCAAUCAGUGUGUGUCAGACCAAGAGGAUGAGGCCUUCAGUGAGGAAGAUGUGAAGAGGCUCAUGAGACAGAUCCUGGAGGGAGUGGCCUUCCUCCACCAGAACAAUGUAGUUCAUCUUGACCUAAAGCCUCAGAACAUCCUGCUGACGAGCACUUCUCCUCUGGGUGACAUUAAGAUUGUGGACUUUGGUCUGUCCAGGAUGGUCAGCAGCCACCAAGAACUAAGAGAGAUUAUGGGAACCCCAGAGUAUGUUGCUCCUGAGAUUCUGAAUUAUGAGCCAAUAAGCACAGCAACAGACAUGUGGAGUGUUGGUGUGCUGGCAUAUGUGAUGCUCACAGGAAUCUCUCCAUUCCUGGGCGAAGACAAGCAGGAGACGUUUCUCAACAUUUCCCAGCUCAGUGUGAGCUACAGUGAUGAGGAGCUUCAGCAGCUGGACCCAGCUGCUCUGUCCUUCAUCCAAAUGCUGCUCCGCAAACACCCACAGGAGCGGGCCACAGCCGAGCACUGUCUCACACAUCCGUGGCUUCAGCCCACUGAGCCUCAGGGCAACCAGACAGUGGAGGAGAUCCUCUCUGUGGAGGAAGAGCCCAGCUCCACCAGCAGCUCCACCAGCAGUCCCGAACCUCCCACAAGUACAAGCUCAGCUGAGGAAGAGGAUGCAGGGGAAGUUCAUGGCCCGCUGACAGAGGAGCUGAUAGUCAUGGCAGCCUACACCCUGGGUCAGUGCCGUCAGUCCUCCGCCUCCAGCGUGGAGGAGGCGGCCCUGACUGCUGAGCAGAAAGCCAUUUCCAAACGCUUCAAGUUCGAGGAGCCCUUCAGUGCUCUGCAGGAAGUCCCUGGAGAGUUCAUCUACUGACCCAUUACACGCACCAGCAAUCUCACCGAGGACAACUUAGUGCUGUCACAUUACCACACAAACCCUCUUAAAUAUAUACUGUAAGUAUAUAAUCGGA